AUGGCUUUGCCUCGAGAAGCAUAUGAAACCUUGGAUGACAUCCCAGUCCAUGUGUGGAGAGGGCUGCCAAACAGCAUGAAGCUGAGACCAUCAGCUGUCAACCCAAAUCGGAUUGGUGUCUGGGCAUCUAGACUAAUACCUAAAGGGGAACGUUUCGGGCCAUUUGUAGGAGAACGAAAGAAGAGAUCUCAAGUGACAAGUAAUGUUUACAUGUGGGAGGUUUAUUUUCCAACCUGGGGGUGGAUGUGUGUGGAUGCCACAGAUCCAGUGAAGGGAAAUUGGUUGCGCUAUGUGAACUGGGCACGCUCCUCUCAAGAGCAAAAUCUUUUUCCACUGGAGAUCAACAGAGCAAUUUACUACAAAGUGUUAAGGCCAAUUGGACCGGACGAAGAACUUCUCGUGUGGUACAAUGGGGAAGACAAUCCAGAGAUAGCAGCUGCAUUAGAGGAAGAAAGGACUAGCAACCUGAACAAGAGGAGUUCGCCCAGAGCAAAGCGAGCAAGGAGGAAGCUGUCAGAAAAAGCCAGACAGGCUGAUUUGGGCGGAUUCUCUGAACCGAAGAAUUCGAGUACCACUGAAUCCUCAAUCACAGAUAUGCGGGACUCAGAGGAAGGGCUUAAUGGAGAAGAAAGACCCACAUCACCAUCAGAGUUGCAACAGGAGACUCCAGCCUCCCAGUCAUCCUCCACAGAGAGAGAAAACCCUGUGGAGUCUCAUGCUGCUACUACAACAGAAAUAAACCAGAGGGAAGGAUUGGAUGAGGACAAUGCAGAGGCUGAUGGACCGCUGCAGCAGCUACAGUUAAAUCAGAGCCCACAGCACCCCUCUGAGGUAGAGUCAGUUGAUGGGAAUGAAAAAUCUAACCUGCAACUACAUUCUGGCAGUCAUGCAGAAGAAAGCUCCAAGAGUCCAAAAUGUGAUACGGAGUGUGUAUCCUCUUUAGCGAAUCCUGAGUUAGAGGCAGAAGGGGAUUUUGAGGAUGACACCCAGGAAGGAACUUACCCUUGUCAGCACUGUGAGCGUCAUUUCUCCACCAAACAGGGUCUGGAGCGCCACACUCACAUUCACACUACUUCAAACCAUCAAACUCAUACUUUUAAGUGCAGGUACUGUACUAAGCCCUUUGGCUCUCAGGUAAGCAGGCGCAGGCAUGAGCGAAGACAUGAGAAUGGGAGUAAAGCAUUAAAUAGGCCUGGAUCACUCACUGGAAUGGCGUUUCUCCACAGUCCCUCUACACCCAAUGAUUCUGCUACCUCUAGCGGCGUGUCGUCUCCAAGCCAUGCAGUCGUUAUAAGCACACAGAAUGGACCACCUCGGCAAAGCUCUGACAGUUUAAAAAAAGAGCCUGGUGCUGAUUCUGACCGACCUUUUAUAUUGGAUGAAAAUGGAGAGUCAAAAGAGCUUCAUCCUUGUAAGUACUGUAACAAGGCUUUCGGCACACACACCAACAUGCGCAGACACCAGCGCAGAAUCCACGAGCGGCAUCUUAUGCCAAAAGGUGUUCGGAGGAAAGGUAUGCUCUUGCAGGAUGGCUCUUCCCAGCAACAACAACUACAACCACAGCAGCAUGAACAAGGACAGCCUAUUUUGCAUCAGGAAGAGUCACCAAGUGCCAGUCCACCACCUAUUUAUGUGCCCAGUGUAGACACGGAGGAUGAGGGCGAGAGAGAGGAGUGUAUGGUUGAUAUCUCUAACAACAUUUCUGAAAAUCUCAGCCAUUACAUAGAUGGAAAGCUUCCGUCCACUAGCACAGUGAGCAACUGUGAGGUCAUAGAGGUUGAUUCAAACACGGCAGCGAUGUUUGGCCUUGAUGCUCUCAUUCUAAAUCCAAAACAAAUAAGUCAUGCUCUGAAAGUUGAAACACGGACUUGUCCAGUGAAAGAAAUGUCAUGUACAGGUCAGUCAGUUUCUAGAAGACGAACUGCCACACCCCCAUUGCUUCCUGCAGUGAAAGUGGAGGCAGAAACGGUUUCCUCUUCUUCUUCUUCCCUGUCCUCCCCUUCCUCUCAGUCGUCUUUGUUGGUAGGAAACAUAUUCUCCCAGUCGACAGAAAUGGUAGCUUUUCAAAAGGAGAAAUCAGUUUAUCUCUCUCCAAAACUCAAACAACUACUGCAGGCCCAAGACGGUCAGAAAACAGCCAUAGGUCUAAUUACAGAUUGCCAUAGAUUGACCACCCCACUUUCUGUUACUUCACUGCCUGCGGUUCAAGGUAGGUUUAAAAGAAGAACCGCCUCCCCUCCCACAACCCUACAGAAUAGCCCUUCACAAAGAAACAAUGGCCUAAGCAGUGUAACUGAGGUUUCAUGUUCUCUAAAGGUGCCAAAGAUCGAAAGCCAUUAUAGUACGCAUGCCUGGAGUUUAUCUAGCAAAGAUCAUGGUGAUACCAUGAGCCUGGCAGAAAAAGAAUGGUCUCCCUCAAGAAGUGGGGGGAAUUCUUGUAAUCAGCAGCCUCUUGACCUUUCGAAUUCAUUUACUAAAAUUGACAGUAGUGUAAGCAGAGGUUCUGGAGAGGCUGUGCUGGAUUUAAGUAUGAGCCGUAAAAGUUCUAUUGAGCAUGAAGUGAAGACGAGCCCAGCAACACUACUGCCUCAUGCAAAGAGAAAGAAACCCAAUACCAGCAUUUUAGAGAAAGUAUUAAUGAAUGAAUACGCUGGCUUAAGUUCAGCUGGAGAAGAGGGCUCAAACACCCUUGGAAGCCCUGAUGCUCUUUCGCCUUCAGAGAGUGCAACGUGCGUCGCCCCUUCUAGUCCCUGUUCGGGUUCAGAACGCCUUCCUUGUGAAUCAACCUCUCCUCCCUCUCUGACCCCUAUGACUAUUAAUCCAUCCUCUCCAUCUUCCUCUAGUAUAGCAUCAUGUACACCCCCUCCUCCUGUCCUACCCACUAUCCCUUCACCUUUAUCUUUGCAACAUUUUCGUAUGUCAGACACCCCAUCGCUUUCCCCGGUCCCUGUGUUGUCCCCAGAAAUGUCCCCCAAGCCUGUAGAGCAUAGUCUAGAGGAAGUGCCAGAUGCAGCAACAUUAACAGAGUCAUGCCAUGAUACAUUAAAUCCCAAUAUUAAUGAAUCAGACCAAACUGCUGAGCAGUUACACCCUGCAACAUCUGCACCGCCUCAGGAUACGAAAAGACAUUGUGAAGCAGAUUCAUCUUCAAAGUCUGAAACAAUACUUGAGGGCUCAACCCAUGAUUCUAAGCCUCGUUUGUUAAGAAAUGCAGAUCAAGCAGAUUGUUCUCACUUAGACUGGGGUACUGUUUCUGAAACAAGCCAAAGCAGUUCCUGUGAAGGAACUCUCCCUGAAGAUCUUGAUAUUAAAACUGAAGAGCAACACAAAUCAAAGUCUUCUCAUUCUACAGUACAAUCAACUCUCAAAAAGGAAUCCCCCUCAGCCUCCUUGCACAGCGAAUUGCAGCUUUCUCAGAAAUCAUUAGCAGUCGAUAGUGACUUGCUAGUAGAGGAUACAGGGAAAAAAGAAGAGCCAGUUGAGGUCACAGGGAAUGGGGGUGAUAUUUCCGCAUCAGCUUCUCCUGGAACUCCAGCCCGAAGUUCUGAUGAAAUUGAGACACCAGAGCGAGAGACGUUUGUCAAGAGUUUUGUGUGUAAUGUUUGCAAAGGGCCAUUUCGCUCCAUCAAAGACCUUAGUGGCCAUAUAAUAGAGCAUGCAUCAGAGUGGCCUUUUAAGUGUGAGUUUUGUGUGCAGUUAUUUGGUAAUGCUACUGCACUCCUUGAGCACCGCUCCUCUCUUCACGGAGUGGGAAGAAUUUAUAUUUGCUCUAUUUGUUCAAAGGAGUUCGCCUUCCUCUGCAAUCUCCAGCAACAUCAAAGUGACCUACAUCCAAGUCAGAAUUGCACUCACACUGCUGUUGAAAAUGGGAAGCUCAGACUUCAGAAUUACACCGAUCCUGAUCAGGCAAAUAUGGAGAAACAUUUCAAUGACACUGUUGAUGACUCAACUGCUGGAGCCCCCUCUCAAGAUUCUUCUGAGGAGCAUAACAAUAGUGACACUAAGGCAGAAGGCAAAGAAGAUGCCCAUGAGGACCCUACAGAAGAACUGUACACUACAAUAAAGAUUAUGGCGUCUGAGGCUGGUAAACAGAAAGGACCAGAUGUACGGCUUGGCAUCAAUCAACACUACCCCAGUUUUAAGCCUCCACCUUUCCCCUACCACAACCGAACACCUGAUGGCGCAGUUGCCUCAGCUACUCAUUUCACUACACACAACAUCCCCCAAACAUUUAGUACUGCAAUCCGGUGCACAAAGUGUGGAAACAGCUUUGACAACAUGCCUGAACUGCACAAACACAUAUUAGUUUGUGCUAAUGCUAGUGAUAAGAAACGCUACACCCCUAAAAAGAAUCCCAUUCCUCUCAAACAGAUUGUGAAGCAGUCUCCCAAUGGCUUCCUAACCACCACAGGUGCUGCCGCUGGUCAGAAUGCGUUUCGUAGAAUGGGUCAGCCUAAAAGGCUUAACUUUAACCAAGAUAUUUCAUCCAAAACAAAGUUAACAGCCCUGAAUAAGAAGAAAAACCAGCUGGUCCAGAAAGCCAUAUCUCAGAAGAACAAAUCUGCCGCCACAGCAAAGAAAUCGACAACCCAGGUAAAGGAGGAAGUGACCCAUGAGGUUCAUUCGUGCCCAUAUUGUAGUCGAGAGUUCACGUACCCAGCCAGCCUCGCCAAGCACAUCGCUCGCAGCUGUCCACAAAGACCUGCCACCAAGAAAUUGAAAAAAGGUGCACUGACACUUCAAGACAAAAAUAUGAAUCUACGAAGUAGAGCCACUGACUCUGAAGUCAUACAAGAGACAGGCUCUGGAACAAGCUCAAAGCCCUUGGGGAAAACCAGAGCCCGUAGCUCUGAGCCAGGGGAGAGUGAGGUUCCACCAGCAAGUAAAGGAAAAGCUCCUCAGGUACGUACCAAGAGGCCAGGCUCGAAUGCAGACAACACAGCCACCCAAAGUAAAAAAAGCAAAAAGAGCAGUGACCCACAAACCUUCAUAACUCCUGUUCUUACUGAUGACCCUUCAAUACGGCCUCUGGCGAAAAUGCAACGUGGACCUAAAGAUGUUGUGAAGGAGGCUGCAGUGAAAACAGCACAGUCUAAGAAGGAGGACCGUUUUUCAGUAAAGACACGGGAGAGGGUAGGUGGGCCAGUCACACGCAGUCUACAGAUGGCUAGUGCUUCAGCUCCUUUGGAAGUGAAGACUGAAGACUCCUUAAACCUUGAACUAGGGUCUGAGGAAAUGAGUUUCUGUUGAAGUUAGCCAGCUAGAAGUCCAUGUUCUCCGAAGGAUCGCUUUGCUUUUCCCACCAGUGACUGGAAGGGGAAGUUCAUUCAGCUAAAUUGGAUUAACUUGAUUGGAGCCAGAAUGUUCAGGGCGGCCAAGAGUUUUCUGCCUUCUCCUGUUUUACUUUGGCCCAGUGGAAUUAUCCGCUCAAUGCACUUUUAUUAAUAAUCCUUUGGAUGUGUAACACCCCCAGAAUGGACUGAAGAUUUAUAAAUAAAUCUAUAUCAAGCGUAACAUCACUUGGUUUAUCACUGUUGACCCUUUGGUUUUGGUAAAGGAAUAGUUCAGCCCAAAAUGAAAAUUGUUUACUCCCCCUCCUGUUCAAACACGACUUCUUUGUCUUAAGGGGAACAUAAAAAGAUCUCUCAAUCUGUCUUUUUAAUCGAAUGUCAAUUGAUGGUGACUCACUUUAAAGCUUAAAAAGGAUCCAAAAGUAUCAUAAAAGUAGCCCAUGUGACUUGUGCAUCAUGUGCUCUGCUUUCUGAAACCGAUAUUGUUUCUCACCAAAUCAUAUUGUAUGCCUUUAAGAGAAUUAAAAUAUGACACGAUUUGCAUUGUUUUUUUUAAAUGAUACUUUUGUCUUCUUUUUUAAGCUUUUAAAGUGAUGCACUAUCCACUGCCAUUGUUCUGAAGAGACUGUCCGUGAUGUUCAUUAUCACGGUGUGUGUUCCCAAUGUGGAAGUCGGAUGGGUUUGUAUUAAAUGUCGGGGAGUAAAUGAUAACUUUGACAUUUGGGUGAACCUUUUUUUUUUUUAAGGUAUUGCACAAGGCAAUCAUGAAUGAGUUUAGGAUCCAACGGUCACCUAAUGCAUGUGCUCUGUAUACAGUAUGAGUUGACCGAUCCUCUUGUCUAUACUCCCGUUUUGACCUGCUCCUCUUUUACUGAGAAAUUAUUUGAAGAAAAGUAUAUAUGUAUAUUUAAGUAAAUGGAAUCCUCCACAGGAUAUGUUUAUCACAUGAGGCUCUCAUAUUUUGCUUUAUUUUACUUUUUGUUGUUUUGUUUGUCGACAUAGUAAAUGAAUUGAGCUGUUUGAUACAGUCAGAGUGAGCGGGAGAUAACUGUUUGCUGUAUGUACAGUAUAAGGUGUUCUACCUUUACCUGUAACAGCCAAAACCUGAAGCUGUUUUGUUUUCUUUUCUCUGUACCUUUUGUAAUCUACAGCAUUUACAGCAGGGCUGCUGGCCAAUUAAAAUUACAUGAAAACUACAACUUUGAUUGAAGAGCUAUCUUCUGCACUUGCAAAAAUAUUAAUGAAAACAAUUGUAAGUGCAUUAUUAAUACCCAAUUUAUGGAAUUGUUAGAAUAUUAGUAAUCUGAUGAAUUCUAAUGUAAAGCACUUUAUUAAGACUAAUUUGCCUUUUGUGAAUAUCAAAGUUUGGUGUUAUUUUACAGGAAGUGAUGACACCUGCUUGAAAACGGUCUAAACAUAGCAUUAAUUAUCUGUUAUAUUAUACACACCUACAUCACAACCUGAGGCAUCCUUAGAAAUUUGCGUCCAGUCUGUUAAAACCCCGUUAAUGUUGCGUUAUUAAUAUAAGUAGCUUAUUAUUGCCACAAGCACUCAACUCUCUUUGAUAACCAAGCAUUACUCCAACAUGUUUUUAUUUUUUAUUAUUUUCACAAAAUUGAUAAGGCCUGUGCUUAAAUAGAGCAUCUUACUGGACUUAACAUCCUUAGUGGUCUACCUCCUGACUAGGUUCAAACUGGUGCGUUUUCUGCCUUUGGAUAGCAUAAUCCCUCUCUCCUAAUUCUGUCUAUGCCGUGUCAUUGCCACUUCACAACCUGGACAAAGAACAUCUGAAUGCUUAAAGUUUAAGCAAGGAACUCUUAAGAUGAUUUUUUUUUUUCUUUUCAAAAUGUCCAUCUUGAAGUAUGUCCUUGCUGUCCUGCAUUGAUAUAUUUUUGGGAAUGAGAAUGUUGAUCGUGUUUUGUGAUUAUGUAUAAUAACGCUCACAAAUGUAAAAUGCAUUGGUCAAAUUGAUAUAUUAAAUUUUUUUUUUUUUUUCCAAAAUGAAUAUAUGAUUUUAGUUUGAAUUUAGAAUAGAUCCAGAAAUGAGGCACUAAUUAAAAAAAUCACUUUUGUGCCACAAAUGUUGUCAAUAUUUAGAUUUGAUUCUGUAUAUAGCAUCAAUCAUAAGUGUUUACAGACUUUAACUAAUGUAUAUCUGGUACAGUGAUACACAAUUUGCAUAUCUUCUUAGGAUCCAGUAUUCAAGUUUUCUUUAAAUCACCUGUCUUGUGAUAUUACAUUAGUCCUAUUAAGAAUGCAAUCUCACUGGUAAGAUAUGAUGUUUUAUUCUGGCUAUCAGAAUCUAAUAUUUGACCAUCAAAAAAAAAAACAUUUUACAAUGUAAUGAAAACCUUGUAGGCACGUUAAACCUGACUAAAAACUCUGUGUAGCUGUAAGUACUGUUGCGAUGUGUCUGGCUUGCCAAUAUUCUAAUGAAGAGUUGAAUAUUGAGUGCAAAUUGUUCCAAUACACA